CUUGGUAGCGGUGAAGGCCCAGGAGAGACGACCAGUUAGUUAGAAAAUAUUUCAUUACAACGAGGACGCAGAGAUGGUGAGAGUAAGGUGCCUUGCCGUGGCUCUUCAAGUGCUCUGUGCAGUUUAUGGUGCUCACGGUAUCACCACAAAUGAGAAUGAGGCGCCUCGGUCAGCAACUCAUAGCCUCAGUCGUAACCUCGAGCGUCAGUCAAAACAUAUCUCAGGCCCAGAAGUCAUAACUGAAGGCUUUCCUCAAAGUUUGCCAUGGGACGUGACGCCAAAUGGAACUGCCGAGGUUGUAGACAUAACCCUUCCAUCUUCUCACAGAAAAGGUGAUUUAGCAACAACCACUGAAUACCAUAUCGAAGCAGAGUCUUCCCAUGAAGACCAAAUACGAAAAGUACAGGACUAUGACCACGGCCACAGUGUGCCGCCAGCCACCUCACUCGCCGUCACGAUACAAGCUGCGACGCUCCUACCCACCAGCACCAUAACACCAAUCAACAGUAGACAAACCACCAUCAUACUGACGACCACUGAACCGACGACCAUUGAACUGACGAUCACGGAGACGACGACCAUGACACCGACGACCCCAGAAACGACGACCUCAGAAGUGACAACCACGUCACUGCAGACAGAAACGACCACGAAUCGGACGACCACGGAACCAACGACUUCAAAAAUGAAGACCACAGUACUAACGGCCAUAGAAACAACGACUGCAUCACCGACGGCGAUCACGACAUCGACGCCCACGUUAGCAAAGAUGCGAGCAGCAUCAGCUCCCUCUCCCACCACCACAUCAGCAUCAUAUGGUAGUGGUUUCGACGGAGAGCAAAUUAUCCAUCGCCAACAAUUACCUAGACGCUGCCCGGUCACGCCAACAGAAAACGCCAUAAAAAAAAGGAAAAAGAAGAGCGUUCUUCAUUUAACAGACGUCGAGGACAUUACUGAACAUAAUAACAAGGUUUUUUCCACAUCGCCAGCUUCUAAUGACAAGCUAAGCGAAGGAAGAUAUGUGAAGGAUGCAGCACUUUCCCCAGAGGGUGCAGAGAAUCCUAUUACCGAAGAAGACGAGAAGGAGGAAGAGCUUGUGAAGGCGACCAUUCAGCAAUUGAAAGCACUGAUACAAGGAAAGCACAGAAACGAAACCACAAGGAAGCAUAAGGAGAAUGAUGCACAUUUAAGCAAUCACUUACGCUUUAUGACCUUCACCAAUUUAGACAAGAUACGAAAGAUGGGGAAAAAGAAGAAAACUACAGAACCACCCACCGCCAGUACGACAACUUUAGCAACAACAAUGCCACAAAUCAUCCAAGGGGUUCGCCCAACGCCGGAUAUGGACAGCAGGGAGAACAUGAAAUCAUCUAAUGAAGAAAGUUUUCCCGAGAACGCAAGCCGCUCCGACAAUGACACGUACUUCAGUACCCUCAAGUUUCUCAAAGAAGUGAAGAUGGAAGCCACAAGACUUCCCGAGGUACACGAACUUCCCACAACGCCGGAACUGAAACAAGAGAUUAACCUGAACCAGUCUAGCGAGAAACCUUCCGACGGGGACUUGUACUUGGAAACACGCAAGUACCUCGAAGGAAUGAGGGAGAUGACACGCAAUUUUUCAUCAGCACCACCCACAGAUUCCACGACCUCAGCCCCAAAACUUCCCAAGGUGCACGAACUUCCCACAACACCGGAACUGAAACGAGAGAUUAACCUGAAUCAGUCUAGCGAGAAACCUUCCGACAGGGACUUGUACUUGGAAACACGCAAGUACCUCGAAGGAGUGAGGGAGAGGACACGCAACCAUUUAUUAGGAAUUAACAAUAAUCCUGCACCAGAAAACACCAUCACUACCACUCCCAGUACAACAACAACAACAGCAUCAACAAGAGCCAGCACUGGCGCUACAUACCCGACCAUUGACACGUCGCUUGCUGCAUAUCCAAUGAUGCACGCCAUGUAUCCGCUCCCAACCUCCAUUAGCCAGGAUCCACUGCAAUUCACUCCAAAUGUCUCCAAUAUUACAACAAACACGACAGUUUUUAAUACACCACCAUCGUUAGCAGCAUCAUCCUCCACUAACAUCACAUCACCAUCCUUAGCAAGAUCCUCAACUAACAUCACGACAUCACCAUCACCAUUGUUAGCGACAACGAAAUCCACUAACUCCACAACUUCAACCACUGAAAUGUUCGCCGCCUAUUCAGUGCAUGCUGUGUAUCCACUUCUGCUAACCUUAGACACAUCAGACACAACGGCAAAUACGACUCCAAAUACCCCACCAGCUUUAGCUGCGGCAUCCUCCAUCAACACUACAAUAUCAAAAGUGUCAUCUGUCAGUGGAUCAAAUAACAAGGCCACGACUUCACUGCCGUCAUCCUCUCCUCCUCCAUUAGAAAUCAUUACCACCGUAUCACUAACAUCGGCUUCACUAGUAAGCGAGGGCACAUCACCGGCAUCAUCCUCUCCUCCACAACCAAAAGUUAUUACCACCGUAUCUCUAACAUCGGCAUCGGAAAAGCCCUCAUUAGCAAUGAAUACCACUGCUUCAGGCAUUAACACAACCACGCCACCAUCGCCAUCCCCAUACCCAUCCCCAUCUCUACCACCACCAGCACCGGAUACUUGGCCUGUCAUAAGCACCACUUGGUCAACACAGACACGAAUGACGAAUGACACUGCACCGGUACACACCUACACCUCCAAUAUCACCACCACCACUGAUAACAUUGCUGCUAUUACUAAUAGUUCUGUCAAACAUACAUCCACAUUAUCCACAAACACCACCACCAAUUUCACUACAUCAAGAUCAAAAACCACAACUGCCGUACCAGUAUCCACCAUCAGCAUCACCACACCGUCACUAACAGCAGCAGCAGUGAACCCCACUGUCAUCACGGCUCACGCAAGUCUCAAGGAAGCGACCAGCAUUAUCCACAAAGACAUGUCGACAUCAACAGUGCUACUGCUGGGGAUAUCCCUGAUCGGAGUGGUGGUUUUGAUAGUGGGAGGAAUUGUGCUGUACGUCACCCACCGGAAGCGGCGUGCACUGCAGGGCAGGGCACUGACUCCAGGGCGAUACACACCCCGCAACUGGCACCAAAAUGUCUGAGCACGUGGACCGGAAGUGAUGAUAUACAGUAAUAUGGUUUUGGGAUGCGGCGUGGUGGCGCUGGUGAGGAACGAAUAUUUGUAACUUGACCUGAUUUGUUAUUUUCUUGUGUUUUCAGUGCAUUAUAAGCUAAAUAAAUGUUACUUUGAUGCAA